AUGCCGUCGGCGAAGGAGAAGGUGCGACUCGCGCGACCCCGCGCGCGCGUCGCGCCCGACGCGACGCGACGCGACGCGUUCGACGCGUUUGUGUGCACCCCUCGCGCUUUCGAAUAUAUUCUCAAGUCCCCCCGUCCCACCCCUCCCUCCACGCAGACGUGCACGAUUUGCUUCGUCGACGGCGCCGUGUGCGACGGCAUCCUGUGCGCGGAGACGCACUACACCUGCGGCGAGUGCUUCGAGGCGUACGUCAUGAGCGAGAGCGGGAAGUCGUUGGGGGAGCUCAAGAAGCGCGAGGGCCGGAUCCUCUGCCCGUUCAACACGGACGCGAUGAAAGGCGCGGACCGCUGCAACGCGACGUGCUUCGCGGACAAGGACAUCGCGAAGAACGUCAGCAACGACGCGUUCGCCGCGUACCUGAGAGCGCGAGAGAAGAUACGCGAGGAAGCGAUGGCGGAAGAGAUGCGCAAAGAGAUGGAACAGCGCGUCGAGCUCGAGCGCCAGCGCGCGGGGAACGCCGCGGAAGCGAGCGAGAGACUCCGCGGCGCGCGCGAGCACGUCGUCGAAAAGAUUCUCACGCUGUCGUGCCCGCGUUGCACGCAAGCCUUCGUCGACUUCGAAGGGUGCUUCGCGCUCAACUGCAGCCGCUGCCGCGCCGCGUUUUGCGCGUACUGUCUCGCGGACUGCGGCAAAGACGCGCACGCGCACGUGGGAUCGUGCCCGGAGGGCGCGGCGUCGCUGAAGGCGAUGAAGAGUAAGGAGAAGGCGGCGGGCGGCGGCGGCGGCGGCGGCGGCGGCGCGCGCGGUCUCGCGGGGCAAGGCACGACGUACGGCACGCGCGCGAUGUUCGACGAGUCGCAGAAACGCCGGCGAUGCAAGCACUUGGUGCUGUACCUGGAGAGACACGACGGGGAGACGCAGAGUAAAAUUUUAGAGGGCGUCAAGACGGAGCUGGCGGACCUCGGGAUCACGAGCCGCGAGCUUCGCCACUGGCAAAAGAAGGAGGACAAGGCGAUCGCGGAACGCGAGAAGAAGCAGCAGCAGGCGAACUUGGCGGCCGCCGCGUUUUUCGAUCCGAUUCAGGCGCGUUCUAUACACUGGUCCCCAUACGACCCCGUUCGCGUGGUGAACGCCGAUCCUUAA